CCCUUUGACACGUAGUGGAAAUUCCGCCUCGCCAGCACUUAUGAGCCCGAUAUAAACCGCCUCCUGCCGCCUUUCUCUCUUCUGUAAGGAGACUCAACAACCACCACCGCCUCCCCGUCAACAACAACAUGAGCUCCGCCGCAGCGCCCAUCUUCAGCAAGGGAGAGGACUGCAAGACCUCCUGGCACGACGCUAGCGCCGGCUACGAUGAGACCGACACUCACCUGGAGAUCAUGGGCAAGCCCGUGAUGGAGCGCUGGGAGACCCCGUACAUGCAUUCCCUGUCGACCGUCGCAGCCUCAAAAGGCGGUCGCGUCCUGGAGAUCGGCUUCGGCAUGGCCAUUGCCGCCACCAAGCUGGAGUCCUACCCCAUCGAGGAGCACUGGAUCAUCGAGUGCAACGACGGCGUCUUCGCCCGCCUGGAGGAAUGGGCCAAGUCUCAGCCCCACAAGGUCUUAUCUCCGCCUGUCAAUCAUCGCCGCGAUAGCUUCAAGGUCACGGCGCUGUGUGUUAAUGAUCUGCAGGAGACCCAGGUGCCCAGUCUGCUGCAGGCCGGCUUCAAGAAGGACAAGAUCAGCAGCACCACCAUGGACAUUGCACCGCCCGCCGAGUGCAAAUACUACGCCUUCAAUAAGAUGAUCACGCCGACCAUCGUCAAGGACUGAAGGCCAACGCUUUGGUUCUUCUUUUUCCACAAUGUGCCUUCAAGACUGCUGACCGCCGUCUGACGUUCAAUAAACACGACUCAGACCCCCA